AUGCGCUUUUUAUGCCUUCACGGUGCCAUUGGCAACAUUGAUAAUAUUACCAUCCAGUUAUCGCCCCUGCAAAAGGAAUUGGAGAAAGACCAGGCUGCCUCCUUCCACUGUAUCACUGCCCCUGUUGAGGUUACCCCCCCAGAAGGCUUCGGGGAGUAUUUUGGGGUCGGUCCGCACUACCGAUGGGUCAAGGAUGGGGGAGUGGCCGAGCUCUCCAUGCUCACCCGUAUCAGAAAGAUCCCGGAGGGCCAAAAUCCAGAAGAUGUGAUGAGAGCAUUGGCUGGCGAGGAUCGCGAGAAUCAUAGCUGGGACAACAAACAGGACGUCAUGGACUAUCUCUAUGAUCAACUGGAGAAGAACCCAGACAUUGAGGGCAUUGUGGGCUACAGUGAGGGGGCCGCCGUGGCAGCUAGCUUCAUCAUGGAUGAGGAGAAGAGGCACCAGGAUACUGGCCGAGCUCGCCGCAUCAAAUGUGCGCUCUUCUUCACUGGCUGGCCUCCUAUCUCACCGGAUGAUAAGUUGAUUCUUGCCGACGAGGACGAGCGUAUGAUCGACAUUCCGACUCUUCAUGUGGUCGGUGCAAAUGACCCUUACCGGUACGGCGCAGAAGCUUUGUACAAUGUCUGUGAUCCCGACACCGUAGCCAUGUUUGAUACAGGGAAAGGACACACGAUUCCGCGCUCGGGCUUGGUGAUAACCGAGCUGGGAAAUGAGGUCCGAGAGCUAAUUGAGAGAGCACGAGUCGACGAGUGA